AUGAGUGAUUAAGGUUUAAACGAUUAACAAUAAGAGGAGUUUUAGAAUUAACCUGAAGUUAUAGAAAAUAAUCAAGAUGAAGGAUAAUCUUAAGCUUAAAAUGAAGUAGAUUAAAAUUAAUAAUAAGAAUCUUUUAAAUUAGAAAAUCCAGCAGAUCCAAACUUUCCAGUCGAAGAUGCCACUACCCUUAACUAUAAAAAAUAAGUAUAAGAAUAAGAAAAUUUAGCUUAAUCUGAAGAAUAGAGCCAAUAAAAAUCAAAUAUCAAGGGUUCUGCUUCAAGCCAAAUGGAAUAAAGUGUGGCAGGAUAAAAUUUACCCGAUUUGAAUAUUUUAGGAAAUGCAUCAAUAAUUAAGCAACAACAAUAAGAAAAUCAAUAAGAAAUUGAUGAGAUGUAAGAAGUUGAAUAGGAGAUUCCAAAAAUUCCUGAUGAUUUCUUUUAUGAAGAAAACCAUGUAGAAACAUAAAUCGCUGAUUCAGAAAUAUCUAAAAAUGCAGCUCAAUUUUAUGAAUGCUUCGGUUUUGAUACAGCUAAAAAAUAUAAUGUCAGCAUGCUUGAUAAUGAUAAUUUAAUUUAUUCAGCUGGUAUCACAUAUCAAAUCUUCAAUAUUGUUACAAGAGAAAUAAGGCCAUAUUUCUCAAAAGAUUAAGGCGGUAUAGGCAGCAUAGCUGUUAAUCCAAAUAAAACUCACUUCGCAGUAGCUGAGAAAGGAGAUCAUCCAAAUAUAUACAUCUACGAAUACCCAUCAUUUAAAUUAUAUAGAAUUCUUCGUAAAGGAACUGAAUUAUCAUAUAGCUCUGUUUGUUUUUCAAAUAAUGGAGAAAUUAUUGCAGCAGUUGGAUCUUAUCCUGAUUAUACUAUUUCUUUAUGGAACUGGAAGCAAGAAGUGAUCAUCUUAAAAGCUAAAGCUUUUUCACAAGAAGUUUACAGUGUUAAUUUUUCAAAUUAUAGUGAAAAUAUUUUAGCCACUUCUGGUUUGGGUCAUAUUAAAUUUUGGAAAGUUGCUGAAACUUUUACCGGUUUGAAGCUAAAGGGUGAAAUAGCAAAAUUCGGUUAAGUUGAAUUGUCUGAUGUUAUUGGUUAUUAUAUUCACUAAGAUGGUAAGGUUUUAUCAGGUACUGAAUAUGGUACAUUAUUACUUUGGGAAGGUAAUCUCAUUAAAUGUGUUAUCUAUAUUGAUGAGGAAACUUAAACAAAAUGUCAUAAUGGUUGCAUCAAUGUAGUAUUUAAGCAUGGAGAUGAUAUUGUUACUGCAGCUGAUGAUGGAUAUAUUAGAUUUUGGGAUUAUGCUACUAUUGAUAACUCAGAGAGUGAUGAUUUUGGUAACUUUUAUAUGAAACCAAAUAGUGAAAUUCUCAUUAAGACUGAUGAUGAUAGACCUGCUAAUAUCACUUAAAUUUUGGUUUAAGAAAACUUUUGGAUUGUGAUAGAUGCUAACGGAAGAAUACAAAAAAUUAAAAUUUCAGAAAAUAAAACUGAUUAUGAAAUGGAAACUCUACUUGAAAUGAAUUCAGGAAGAUUAAAUGAUAUUAUCGUAAGUCCUAUAUAAAAUGGAGCUAUUACCGUAGGAGAUGAUGGUGCUGUUAGACUUUGGGAUUAUGUUUAACGCAAAGAGCAUUAUCAUAGAGUUUUCUAAGGAAAAGCAACAUGUGCAGAGUGGCUUCCAUAUACUAUGAAAAAUAAAUCAGCUCGUAUUAUUUUAGCUGGUUUUUCAAAUGGUAUAGUUAGAUGGCUUCUGCUUAACUAAAAUGGUUUUCACCUUCUAAGAGCUACAAAAGUGCACAAUGAGUCAAUUAAAUUUAUUAAAGUAUCUCCUGAUGGAUCAAUUAUUGCCAUAUUUUCAGAAUCUGGUGACAUUUUCCUAAUUGAGCAACAUCCUAGCGAUUUCUAAAAAAUUGAUCCAUUCUGCUUAUUUGAAACCAAAUUUAAAAUUAAUUCAGUUGUUUGGGAUAGAAUGGGAGAAAAAUUAUUACUUGCUUGCGAUGAUGGAAAUAUUCAUGAAAUAAUGGUUCCUAAAAAAGACUAAUGCGACACAAGCGAAACAUAUUUAAAAGAAUUCAGGUCCAGAUCUUAUAAAAUUAGGAUGAUGGAGUCCUAAAAACCAAAGACUGAAGAAAUGGAAUUGGAAUUUUUGCUUAGAAGAAACAAAAAUGAAGAUAAAAAGGAAGAAGUUGAAUGGGAUCCUGAAAGCAUAAUGAAUGUUUGCUAUUAUGAUUAUUCUUGCACGAAAAUACUUGCAACAGUUUAAGGAAAAUUUUUAGGACAUAUUUACAUCAUUGAUUGGAAUAAGGACAGACCUAUUGAUAGCUUACCUAUUGCUAAAAUUCCAACUGUUAAUAUGAAUUUUGUUGAUGAUGAUAUUCUACUUAUCAGUUUCAAGGAUGGAUCUUGGUAAUUAAGACAUAAAAAUGACUUAAAGAUUAACAUGCUUGUAAGAACUCAUGACAGAGAUACAGGUGCUAUAAAAAAAGUAGUUAUGAAUCAUGAAAAGAAGUGUGUAAUGUCAGUUGGUAAUGAUGGCACAUUAUUCAUUUACAAGAUUGAUCUUCCUUCUAUCAAAAAAAUUACAAGAGGAGAAAUUAUUGAAGACUUUUAGUUUGAAGAGUUUGUUGGAGGUUUGGGAGAGCACUCUUUUGCUGAAUAAAUUGAACUUUCUGAUAAUGAAGAAAAUGAAAUCAAAGAUGAUUCUGUUUACUCUAUUUAAGAAGCUAAGCUUUUAGCAGAGGAAGACUUCAAGAGAAAUGAAGCUCAAAAGAAAAAGGAUAAAGUGAAAGAAGUAAUCAAAGACUUGGUUCGUUAAUUUGAGUAAUUGAAGUAACAGAACUCCACAAUCGAUGAAGUUGCUAGACUAACAGAUUAAGAAAUGACUGUUGAUCACGAAUUUAUUGAAAUGUUGAACAAGAGAGUCGAAGAGGAUUUAGAGGAAACAAAGGAAGAGCUAAAAUGGGAUGCUGAAUAUUGCAAAUUAAAGACUAAAAAAUUAACAAACUAUGUAAAAAAUGAACUAAUCAUGGAUACUUUUUCUGUAAAAGCCAUCAAAAAAAGUAAUGUUAUCGUAAGCACUUUCAAGGUUAAAAAGAUGUCGGAAUUUAUGAAGUAAAAUCUUGAGGAAAUAUUUGAAGUUAUUGAAGAAGAAAAGCGUAAUCAAGAAGAAGCAAGAUAAAAUGCUAUGAGCUAAAAUCUUAACCAAACUAACUUUGGUGGUGACUAAACAAUAUCUAAUAAAGGUAUGCAAGAAACUGUUAAAAAGGAUUAAACCCUUUAAAAAUAAGAAGAAGAUAAACUUAAAAAGACUGUUAUGCCAAAUAUGCAAGGCCAGUAGUAGGGCGAUAAAAAGGGAGAGACAACUCAUCUUUCUGCAAGCAAACAAGAAAAACUAGAAAAUAAAUUGAAAGAACAAAAGAUUAGAUAAGAAAUGGAGGAGUUAGAAAAAAAGAAACCUACUAAAGAGUCUUUUGAGCCAGAUCAUCUUAGAGAUAUUAAUCAUGCUAUGGAAACCUUGGGUGACUACAAACUAAAGAGUUCACCUACUUACAAUGUUCCUGAAAACUAAAGAAUGAAUGAAAGCAAGAAAAAGAAGCAUAUGUUCUUACUUGAUGAAUUUAUUUAUAACACUAAGAUGAAAUUCAAUAAUGAAAUUGUUUCUUUAAGAGAAAGAAAAACAUCAUUAAUAGAUAAAAUAUCAAAUUACAAUAAGAGGAUAACAGAAAUUAAUAAAUAGCUUGGCAUUAAUGAAACUUUGUUCACUCUUACACUAGACAAGUAAUUAGAAGCAGUUGACUAGUUUGAUGUCACAGAAGAGUAAAUUGAUUAAUACGAAUAAUAAAAGAAUAAGGAAACUGCUCAGCAAUCUAAAAAAGGAGGUGCUUAGGAAAAAACAUAAUAAUAGUAACAAUCAUCAGAAAAGCAAGAUGAUAAGGAAAAGGAUGGUAAAAAAGAAAAGAAAGUAGAUAUUACAGCAGGAUUCAAACCCAGAAAAGGUGCCAAAGUUCAAGGUUCUGAAUUAGAGGAUGAACUUAAGUCUAUUAAUUAAAUGAUUCUAAAUGCAGAAAAAAAGAGAAUGCUUGAUGAAAUAAACGAAGAAAUAGAAGAAUUUGAUAAGUAGGUAGUAAAUUGCUAAAACGAAAAAAAAUGUAUUGAAAGCGACAUGACAAUAGCUUAAAUGAAGUUUGUCACUUACUACCAAGAAUUGCUUAUCCUAGCUGAUAUGGAAGAAUAGGAUGAAAAAUAUAUUAAAGACUUACUCAACCAUAAAAGAGAAAAGGCUGACUUAGAGGAAUAAAGCAGCAAAAUAGUAGGCGAAUUGACUGCCUUAGCUAAUAAGGAUUCAUAAAAUGAAAAAGAACUUACUGAAUAAAUGAAGGUAUUCAAAGAAUUGGUUUAUCCUGAAGAUGAUAAUAAAAGAGAAAAAAUCCAUCAAUACUAUCUGAGAAAGUAUAAGAAAAACAAAGCUAAAUAGUUAAAAUUGAGAAAUCAUGAAGAAGAAAAUGAAGAUUUUGAUGAAGAUGAAAUGGAUAGUGAAGACGAUGAUGAUGAUGACUUCAUGGAUGAUGACGAUGAUGAAAAACCUGAUAUCACUCCUGUUGAAAAUGACACUAAAAUCAGGGAAAUUAUUGACAAGAUUUGUGAUUUAGAAGACUAGCAAGAAACAAACCGCAAAGAAAAAGCAGAUUUAGAAAGAUAGAAAAAUCAAAUUUCAGUUAAAAUAUAAAGCACUCUUAAAGAGCUCUAGAAAGCUGAGGAGAAAUUAAGAGCUUACCAAAGAGAAAAGCUCCAAAAAGUAAACUAACUUGAUGUAUCUUUUUGCUUAUAAGUUGACUAAAUCAAAAACUUAAUUGAAAUGGGUAACUAAUAGUAGCAUAUUUUACCUGAAGAUUUAAAGAAAUCUAUAUUGUUUACUUAAAAUGAAAGAAAUAAGUUAUCUCUCAGAAUAGAAUAAUUAAGAUAAGAACAAAAGGAAAUUGAGUAAAGCAAGAAAACUCUUGAAAAGAGAAAGAGAUACCUAUAAAUUAAGAUAAAUAAAAAGAAUGCUUUGAUUGAUGAGCUAAGCAAAAAAUAUAAUGAAAAGCAUAUGCUUAAGUUUGGUGAUAUCAUAGAUUUGAAGAUUCUUGAUGCUCUCGAGCCCACAAAACAAGUAUUGGAAAUGAGAGAAAAGUUUAAAGAAGAAGAAAAAACUUCAAUAUUAAGAGUUGAGAAAGCCAAGUAAAUGCUUUAAGAAAAAAAGAAUGUUCUUCUUUAGGCUAAGAAGGAAAACACUAGUAUAAUAACUAGUAUCACAAAGCUUGGAUAGGACUUGAUGAAACUUUCCAAAAAGUUAGAUUCAACUAAUAAACAGCUUUUCAAAGAAGAUAACGAAGAUAAAAAGAACAAACAAGAUUUAGAAAAGGAAAGAUAAAAUUAUAAAGAUCUUGUUAGAUUCCUUUCAAAAGAAAUAGAAGACCUUAAAACAGAAAUAGGUUUAUUCAAAAGAAAAGGUGGACAUAUUUAUACAAUGGUUACUUCUAAUAAAAAGAAUUUUAAUUGA